AUGACUAUGGGAAGAAUUACCAGAUCUAAAACAAAAAAAAUCGCAUCUCGAGCAACAUUGGAUCUAUGUUUAGAAACACCCAUCAAUAUAUCCGCCAACAGUGAAGAUGAACCGAUAAUGGAACCAACUACCCCAAUGAAAGGGGAAAAAGAUCGAGAAAAUGCAGCAAAUCUACUGGCAACACCUCCAGGAUCGAUCGAGAAGAAGCAAAGGGUACAACAAGUUACUAUAAUAGAUACGACACCUGUAAAAAAUAGUAUUGCUUUGGACGGUUCAUUACCAUCACCAUGUCCAUCACCAUUGCCUCAAGAUAAUCGUGAUUCCCUAUCUCCUAAGAAACUAAUAUUUGGCAAAAAUUCACUUUAUUCAAGAACAAAAGCAGUCUUACAAAGAUCAACUGAAACAGUUACCAACAAAGAAGAUGGUUCAUUACCAACGAGAAAAUUACAAUACUUACAAAUAUUAGAAUUCCUAAACAGAAAUAUGGAGGCUCAUAAGAGUUCUUCUCUGUAUAUAACAGGUCCACCUGGGACUGGGAAAACUGCUCAAGUUGAUUCCAUAUUGAAAUCCAGUUUUUUACCUAUAAUACCGAAACAUUCACAAAAUCAAUCUAUUCCUAAACUAUCAUCUCAUGAUCUCAACAAUGUAUCAUUAUAUCAACUACCCAGUGGGAAAAUUCAACAAGUUGCCGUAACAUCCAUAAAUUGUAUUGCAUUGACUAAUCCAUCUUCAAUUUUCACUAGAAUAUAUGAAGCAUUUCAUAAACAGACUUUUAACACUAAUAUUCCAUCUACACCUGUUAAAACAAUGCAUGCGUUACAACAAUUCAUGGAACAAUAUGCACAAACAACUACAUUCAUUGUCGUUCUUGAUGAAUUGGAUAAAUUAGUUCAUCCAUCUAUAACAAACGUUCAUUCUACAAAGAUUCUUUUCGAACUGUUUCUAUUAAGUAGAAUUCCAACUGUCAACUUUCUUUUAAUCGGGAUAGCUAAUAGUUUAGAUAUGAAGGAUCGUUUCCUUUCAAGAUUAAAUUUAAGACAAGAUUUAUUACCGGAAACUUUAAUUUUCCAACCAUAUUCAUCUGAUGAAAUGUUUCAAAUCAUAAUGGAUCGUAUAAAUUUAGUUGAUCCAAAUGAAUCUGUAUUUAAUCCAAUGGCUAUCAAAUUUGCUGCAAAGAAAUGUUCUGGUAACACAGGUGAUCUAAGGAAAUUGUUUGAUGUAUUAAGAAGAAGUAUAGAAAUCGUUGAAUUACAAAUAUUGUCAGAUAUGAAGAAAAAUUUAAAUAGUAAUAAUACUGUACUUACCAAAGUCGGAUUACCGCACAUUGCAAAAGUAUUUGCACAGUUUAUGAACUCUUCUUCAACAAAAUCACGUAUUGGGAAACUCAAUAUGCAACAACGUAUUGUCUUAUGUUGUUUAGUUCAUAGACAAAAAAUUGAUAUCUUCCAAUCACAUUGCUCCCUGGAUGAUGCUUAUGAUUAUUAUUACCAAUUAUUGAAAAGAAAGGACUCAUUGAUACCAUUAAAACGUAAUGAAUUUUUGGAAAUUUGUAAUGCUUUGGAAACAAAUGGUGUAGUCACCAUAUUCCGAGGUAAAACUCAAGGAAGAACGAAACAUAGUAUAAAGAUGAUUAAGACCACUGUCGAUGAUAAAGAAUUUGAUGAAGAAAUCAAUAAGAUGGAUUUACUUAAAUCGUUGCUAAUCCACUAA